CACAAAAUGAGUCUUUCUGCAAAGGACAAGGCUACAGUGAAAGCCCUUUGGGCUAAGGUUUCUGCAAAGGCAGAAGAAAUUGGCAACGAGGCGUUGUCCAGAAUGCUAACAGUCUAUCCUCAGACAAAGACUUACUUUUCACACUGGCCUGACUUGCGCCCCGGAUCAGCCCCAGUGAGGAACCAUGGCAAAAAGGUCAUGGCAGGACUGGGCGACGCUGUGGCCAAGAUCGAUGACCUGUCCGGCGGUCUCCUGAGCCUAAGCGAACUACAUGCUUUUCAACUGAGAGUGGAUCCAGCCAAUUUUAAGAUUCUUGCCCACAACAUCCUUGUGGUGCUGGCCAUUUAUUUCCCGGAGGAAUUCACCCCCGAGGCCCACAUGAGCGUGGACAAAUUUCUUGCCGGAGUGGCCCUGGCUCUGUCUGAGAGAUAUCGCUGA